AUGGCCUCUCAAGAUGGUCAGAAUCAGAAACACAGAGGCUUUCCUGGUUUUCUCCCAGGCUAUCCUGACCCUGAUCACAAUCGUCCCACUGUGCCUUUGAAUUCAAGGAAGCAAGUAUUACUACCACCUCUCCCGCCGCCAGUCAAUCUCCCUCCUGGUCUAGAAUACUUGAGCCAGUUAGACCUGAUCAUUAUACACCAGCAGGUGGAGCUGCUUGAAAUGAUACUUGGCACUGAAACUUCCAACAAAUAUGAGAUUAAAAACCACUUGGGACAAAGAGUGUACUUUGCAGUGGAAGAAAGCAUCUGCUUUAACCGUAAUUUUUGUUCACCAUUAAGAUCCUGCACCCUAAGGGUCACUGAUAACACUGGUCGAGAGGUGAUUACAGUGCACAGACCAUUGAGAUGUACUAGCUGCUGGUGCCCUUGCUACCUACAAGAGUUAGAAAUUCAAGCCCCUCCUGGAACUAUAGUUGGUUAUGUUGUACAGAAGUGGGACCCUUUCCUGCCAAAGUUCACAAUUCAAAAUGAAAGCAAAGAAGAUAUUUUGAAAAUUGUGGGUCCCUAUGCAACAUGUGGCUGUUUUGGAGACGUUGACUUUGAGGUGAAAACAAUUAAUGAAAAGAUAACCAUUGGGAAAAUUUCAAAGUACUGGUCAGGAUUUGUAAAUGAUGUCUUCACAAAUGCUGAUAACUUUGGGAUACAUGUGCCUGCCGAUCUAGAUGUGAAAAUCAAAGCAGCCAUGAUUGGGGCCUGUUUUCUCUUUGAUUUUAUGUUCUUUGAACAUUCACUGGCUGGACUGUAA